GCAUGCUGAAAUGGCAUGUUACAAGGCAAUGCACACUUGUUUUUACAUCAUAAAAACCCAUGUCUAGUUAUCCUUAACUUUUUUUUAAAUGCACAGAGUUUUGUUUUUCUUUGUUUUGCCUGUGCUCGACUAAUUGUCCCUCUCCGUCCUGUUUUCCAGGACCGUAAGCUGUCCAAGUCGGAGCGUCAGCGGUUCAAAGAGGAAGCCGGGAUGUUGAAGGGUCUCCAGCAUCCUAACAUUGUCCGCUUUUAUGACUCAUGGGAGGGUUUGUGCAAAGGAAAGAAGUGUAUUGUUCUUGUCACCGAGCUCAUGACAUCUGGCACUUUAAAAACUUACCUGAAGCGUUUCAAGGUCAUGAAAAUCAAGGUUCUGCGCUCGUGGUGCCGACAGAUCCUCAAAGGCCUUCAUUUCCUGCACACCAGAGCUCCGCCCAUCAUCCACAGGGACCUGAARUGCGACAACAUCUUCAUCACGGGGCCCACGGGCUCGGUGAAGAUYGGAGACCUGGGCUUGGCCACGCUGAAGAGGGCGUCUUUUGCCAAAAGUGUCAUAGGUACCCCAGAGUUUAUGGCUCCAGAGAUGUAUGAAGAGAAGUACGACGAGUUGGUAGAUGUUUACGCUUUUGGGAUGUGUAUGCUGGAGAUGGCCACCUCGGAGUAUCCCUACUCAGAAUGCCAAAACGCUGCUCAGAUCUACAGACGAGUUACCAGCGGAGUCAAACCUGCCAGUUUCGACAAGGUAGCAAUUCCUGAGGUGAAGGAAAUUAUAGAGGGCUGCAUCAGAACGGACAAAGAUGAGAGAUAUGCCAUAAAAACUCUGCUGAAUCAUGCGUUCUUUCAAGAAGAGACGGGGGUCAGAGUUGAACUUGCAGAGGAGGAUGAUGGGGAAAUGAUUGCUAUUAAACUGUGGCUAAGGAUAGAAGACGUCAAGAAGCUCAAAGGUAAAUAUAAAGACAAUGAAGCAAUCGAGUUCUCUUUCGAUCUGAACAAAGACGUGCCUGAAGAUGUGGCGCAGGAAAUGGUUGAGUCUGGCUACGUCGCCGAAGCCGACCACAAGACCAUGGCCAAGGCUAUCAAGGACCGCGUGUCUCUGAUCCUGAAGAAGAGAGAGCAGAGGCAGCUGGUGCGAGAGGAGCAGGAGAAGAGGAAACUGGAGGCAGAGCAGAAGCAGAAACAAGAGACGUUCAAGACUUCUCACUCCCAGUCCAGAACAGAAGAGGCUGAGUCGGACCAACAUCUGCUUCACCAUCAGCAGGCCAGCCUCUCUCACACCUCUGAAGGAGGCGUCGACAGCGGACAGGGUUCCUCGGUUUUCUCCGACCCCCCUCACCUGGGCCAGCUGACCAUGUCGUACAGCUGCCCCCCCUCCUCCCAGCCCCCAUCCCAACCCCAGACCCCAUACCCCCCAACGCCUGCGAGUGCAAUGCAGCAACAUCCAGGCUUCUCCCAGCCGCCGCAGCCGAUGCCUGUACCACACGGCCGUCGAAGUCGUAGCAUGUCUAUUUGCGUCCCCCCUUCCUCGUACUCCUUUUCCCACACUCAUUCAUCCCUGGCGGUUCCUCCGAAACGGCCCACCUCGCCUCCUCCAGACCUGUCCUCCUCCCACACCUCCACCUCCUCCCCCUGCGCACCUCUCCCAGCUGAGAGGGACACUUUCGCUGGCCGCCUCUCCAAGGCCCUGGAGACGGUCCUCCCCCUUCACUCUGCCUCCUCUCAGCCCAGGGCCAGACAGCGGAGGGCCAGCCUGCCUGCCCUGUUCUCCACCCCUCAGCAUUCUUUACCACAUGGAGGCGCUGGAGGGAGCAUUCCUCACCCAACUCUCCCAGACCCUCCAACUAUUUUCUUCCCAUCCAUCCCUGAGCGCCCCGUUUCCUUCUCGCCACCUCCCACCGGGCCUCCAAAGGGCUACAACACCCAGAGACGCAAGAGCACCUCCAUUCUCGAAGCGCACACCCGACACUUCCAACCCGCCUAUCCUCGCUACGGGAGCAGUCUCCAGCCCUUUUUCGGUAUGGACAGCAUCGAGACUCCCCCUGUGUUCGUGGUCAACCCUGGUUUGGCAGCAGCAGCUCAGAGACUUUGUGCUGGUGAGCAAAUGCAUCUACCAGGACAGUCCGAUUCAAGUCUGUAUGGUUAUAAAGACAUGAGAGCUGAACAUGAGGAGGCAGUGAGGCGCUUCAGUCUGAACCAAGCUGCUUUAAUGUACCAUAAUGAACCUAUGGUUUACGGAGGGUAUCCAUUGACUGCACACCAGCUUAGCCAGUUGAGUUUCCAUCAUCAGAGGCAAGCAGCAGCCAGUUUGGGCUUUGAUCCUGGUCCACCACCUCAACCAGGAUUCUUGCACCCACACAUUUUGCAACAAAUGAGUGCGCACAGUCAGCUGCCUCCACCCUUAACACCCAUGACUCCAUCAACAGGAGGCUCAGUCUCCUCUUCAUCCUCUGAGGGGUGCUAUCCUCCACAGCAUGCGGCUCCAUCGUCCUUCCCCAUUUCUGCACCUCCAGUAAUCGCUGAUGCUCCAUCUGCUGGAAGCGUCUUUGAGUACCAUUUAGCUGCAGCUGCCGCCGCUGCAGCCGCCGCCGGGGACCCCAACCUCCUGGCAUCCAGACUUUACCGAGCCCGACGGAGCUCCAUGGACCUCCCUCUGGAGGACAGCUCUGGAACAGGAUCUGGUGGAUCUGGAUCGUACAGCCGCCUCCAGCCGGUGACAGAAGAGCUGUAUGCGUACAUCAGUCCCGAGCUGCCGCUACCGCCUGGAAAUCUUCUCCUUCAUCACACCGGAUUAACUUUAAAGGACAAAAGCCCCGAACCGUCAAGCGACUCCCUUGCUUCUUCUGAUGCAGGAGAGUUCCAGUCCCCCCCUCCCCCACCCGGUCCUCCCCACUUUGACCCUUCAGCAGCUCAGUCUAUCCCUCGCCCCUCCUCCUCUGCACCGUAUGACUCAUCAGGGGGAGUGCGUCGCGAGGAUCCACAGGGACACCCACCUUCGGUGCAGAACUUCUUUCCCCCCACGCCGUCGUCAGAGCUCCCUCAUGGGGGGCCAACGUUGCUGGAGUCUCUGGUGCCGAGCGCCUGGCCCCGGCAUGGAGGGGUGAUACCAGCCCAACCUGACAUGACAUACCAUGAGUCAUUGCUGGCCAUGCAGGCUGCUAACCCCCCUCCGCAGGUUCAGGCACCUGCUUCUCAGCCAAGUCCAGGACCCCCUCUGGUCCCUGCAACCACCCAAUCAGAGCCUUCUGGGACGUCGCAACAGCUCGUGUCUUCGAGUCAGAGUUGUACUUCUCUUCAGAGCCCAACACACACAGCUCAGCCCAGCGUAGCUCCGCCUUCCUCUGCCGCUCCCUUGGCGACCCUCCCUUCUCCGCCGUCUAUCCCCACGGCCGUACCGACAGCAGUCGUGGCCUCCCCUCCCUCUCCUCUGAUAGUUCCUAUUGAGGCGGUGCCUACGCUGGUUUCCCAUCCUCUUCCUCCUCCCACACCACAUCAGCCUUUGCCCACCGUGGUGCCAACCAUCAGCGUAAUCACCGUCCCACCUGAUCCUCCCUUGGAAGCUCUUCCCAAGUCCACCUCACAGUCUUCAGAGCUGUCCCAGGGCCAGCUACAGCCCCCGCAAGUUCUCUCAUCUGUUGAGAAUGGACACGCCGAGACGUCAGGCCUGAGUGACGGGAACGAGGGGGGAGGCGGCCGUCAUGAGGGGCGUUCCACCAAACGACACCAGAGGCGUUCCGUACGAAGCCGAUCUCGCCACGAGAAGACUUCCAAGGCGAAACUCCACGUUCUCAGUAUCUCCAACCGAGGGGACAGGGUAGCAGAGUGUCAGCUGGAGACUCACAACAGGAAGAUGGUGACAUUUAGAUUUGAUCUAGAUGGAGACAACCCUGAGGAGAUCGCCCAGAUCAUGGUUCAGAGUGAGUUUAUCCUGGAGAAUGAGCGAGAGUCAUUUAUCGAGCAGGUCAGGGAGGUGAUUGAGAAUGCAGAUGAGAAGGGUCUGGAAAGAGACGCAAAUAAUCAGCUGGUGGGUGACCAUGAGAAGAAGAUUCCUGUGACAUCUACCCCUAUGACUGACAUCCCUCCAAGUGCAACGGCACAAGUCGUCCAUUCAGCCGGCCGUAAAUUCAUUGUUAGUCCCGUACCUGAAGGCAGGCUGAAGGAGCAAACAAACCCCCCCUCGCCUUCUACCCCUGCACCCAUUGUUGAAACGGUCCCUCUGCCUCAGACAGCAGGGCAAGCUUUGGGUUUGUCCCAGUCUGCAGGAAGGAUCACCUUACAGCAAGCCUUCUCUGAACUGCGACAGAACAGCAGCCAGUUUGAUCCAGGUCCCAGUACAGCUCCAGCCUCCAUCCACUCCUCGCAGCCCCCCCUGCAUCCUGCAGCGGCCCCCUCACUCAGCAGCWCAGUUCCUCCCGCCGUGGAGGCACCUGGUUUGAAACAGGCAACGGAGCAAGUCCUGGAACUUUCUCCUCCACCCUUUUCCUCAUCUUCUACUCCUCCCUCUGUGGCCCCCAUCUCUCUCAGCCCACCGUUUACUUCCUCUCAUCCCCCUGCCAUGAUAACUCAGACCCUCUCUCAGUCACAGGGGCUUUCUCAGCCGACGAUACAGACUGUGUCUCAACCACAAGCACAGACUCAGAUACCGGUCCAGCCCCAGGCUUACGCCCCGUCCCAGACACUUCCUGCUGUCACGGCUGCAUCGUUACCUCCAACGUUACCAACAGCCAGCAUCUCUAACAUCCCCCCAGCAGCACUCCCCUCCCUGCCCCCUGCCCAGGCUGCUCCCUUUGUGUCCUCGCCGCCUCCUUCCAUUCUCACAGCCGCUGAAGUCGUGCCCGAUCACCCGUCAGCCUCUCCCACUUCCUCCCUCACUCCUUCUGUCACCCCCUCCUCUGUUAUCCCCACCACCGCCAUCCCGGGUCCCCAGCUUGCUCCUGCUGCUCCCGCCCCUUGCUCCACCACCUCUGCGGGGUCCCAAACGGCGACCUCGAGUGUUCCUCUGGUCCARCCGACGUUGGUCCACUCCCAGCCGCAGACGGCAGCUCUGCCGGGUCAGGCGCACAUGCACUGCGCCGAUUGUGACACAAGGUGUGAGGCCUCCUCUGACUCUUUAGGAAAACCCGAUGACAUCCAGGCUCUGGACAAAAAGCUGCGAUCUCUCUUCAUGGACCUUGGUGUCGGCGUGCCCACCGCUCAGGGGGACGUUCCAGCUGCCGAGCUAACCUCUGGAGCCUCUGGAGCAGGAACCUCGUCCUCCGUCGGCUCCUGCUCAGCCUCCAUCACAGCCGUCACAGCUCCUGGCUCCACCACGACAGCCAACUCUCCUCAGCCCCCCUCCAGCCUUGCACUGGGCUCACUGUCGUCAUCGACACCAAUCCAGGGUCCUGGGACUCCGUCAUCCACCCCUGCACAACCCAUCAUCCCUGGCACGUCUACUCCAACUAAAACUCCGUUAUCCAGAACAUUGGUCACUUCUCCUUCAGAACUCCUGACAUCCUUCCCUGGACCUUCUCUAAUACAGUCCCAGCAGCCUCUCGAGGACCUGGACGCCCAGCUGAGGAGAGCCCUGAGCCCAGAAACGGUUGCUGUGAGCUCCCACACACAGGUUCCUCAGAGCAGCGUGCAUUCAGUAGGACAACCAAUUCCCUUCUCACUGGAAGAAGAAAAAGUGUCUUCCACUGCUCCUCCUCCAUGUGGGAUUAAAUUAGGAAGAUUUCAGGUCUCGCUGGCUGCUGAACAGCCUGCCGCCCCCCGCCCCUCCCACCCAUCCCGCUCUGUAUCUUCCUCCUCCACCUCCUCAUCCUCCAGCCUUUCCAGCCCAGAGAACACUUUGCACAAAGACUCCUCAUCUCCUUUAAAAGGGGCAGGAGACGAUGUUGUGGACGGACUUCCCCAAAAGACUCCAACGAAAUCCCUCCCCUCUCCUGUCCCCUCCCCCUGCCACUCCCCCAAGCCCACCACCACGAUUGGGCGCUUCCAGGUCACGACAAACCCAGAGUCUCGUGUCGGUAGGUUCCAGGUCUGCCGCACCCCCGAGCAAAGCCUCGAGUCGAGUACGCCUCCUGUUGCCCAGACCGCUAACGGUCCCAGCAGUCCUGGUCAAGUUCUGACUCCAGACUCCCCUCAUAAAGCCUCCUUACCCAAUCUAAACAACAACUCCUUCAAUAACUACUUCAGCAGCGACAAUGACUCGGAGUUUGAAGAGGAUGAUGACUUUAAACGGGAAGUCAGCAUCCUCAAAGAAAAGCACAUGAAAGAAAUUCAGGCCCUCCACUCUCGCCAGAAAGAGGAGAUAGAACGUUUGUUUACACGGCUGGGAAAGGUUCCUCCAGCUGCAGUCAUCCCUCCACUAAUCCCCCUGACUGGCAGGAGGCGUCGGCUGACCAAAAGCAAGUCCUCAAAAUCGUCCAGAACCAGCUCCACUCACGGCAGCAAGAGUCCAUUACAGCAAGGCAGCACUUUAUCCGCCCAGAGCGUCCCGGUCAUGUACUCCAGCCAGCUGCCCCCGUCAGCCCCAGGAGGAGCAGCUGAUUCAGGCAGCGGCACCGUGCUCCAGCCCCUCAAACUCUCCAGUGAUAACCUGUGUUCAGCCUACACCAGCGAGGCGGCGCUCUCCGUGCCCAGCCUGUGUGCUCCGACCCCAGGCUGUAUAAAGUUCAGCUGGGGUUCGGAGCGUUUGGCCUUCAAGCCUGGCGGCAGGAGGACGCGCUUUCUGAGUACGCCCUGCUUGGCUCUUUGGAAGAUGGUGAAAAAAGUCUGCCCCUGCAACCAGCUCUGUAGGACUAACAGCACCAAUGCUGUGAGCGGUUCAGGUGCUCUGGAUCAAAGCCAGGGGGGCUCUCAGUAUUUGGCGCCCAACAUGCCGGCCCCCAACCAGCGGAAGGGAACCUUCACCGAUGACCUUCACAAGCUGGUGGACAACUGGGCCAGGGACGCCAUGAACCUGUCACAGGGUAAGAAGAGUGCCAAACAGCAGCAGCAGCAGGCUCCACAGGGACACAGCUAUGAG